AUGCAAAAACCAUUUCGUGAGCAUGAAGGAGAAUUAUUUCAGGAAGAAACUGCAACUGAACCCAUUAAUAUCAAUAAUGGUAUUAGCGAUAGUGUAACCAAUAAUAAUCAUGAACAAAUGGAUGACAUUGAACCAAACGAUGAAAAAUAUCUCUGCCGCUUUUUCCAACGUGGCAUUUGUCGUUAUAGCGAAGGCUGUAGAUAUUCUCAUGAGACCAGUGCGCCAGUUUCGACACCGAAAUUUGGAGUUUUGACUCACCCUCGCAGCACCACUCCCUGUCGCUUUUUUGUUAAAGGCUAUUGUCGCUAUGGUGAAGACUGUAAAUUUGCACAUUAA